AUGGCCUACAUAGCUCCCAUCCACCGGGCCAGCAGCAUCCGGCAUGCCCUAAAGCUCCGCUUCCUCGACCCCGAGCAUGAGUGUCUCGUAGUCGCAAAAGCCAAUCGCCUCGAAAUCUAUAGCCAAACUCCAGAUGGCCUCGCCCUCGCCCAUACAAAAGCCAUCUACGGCAAAGUCACGAUACUAAACAAAAUACGGCCCGCAACAUCGUCCACGGACCAGCUCUUCGUCGGUACAGACCGGUUCAUGUACCUCACGCUCUCUUGGGAUCGGGAGUCAAAGCAGCUGAAGACGGAGAAGAGCUAUGUAGACCUAGCCGACAAGAGUGCGCGGGAAAACCAGACAGGAGACAGAUGUCUAAUCGAUCCUAGCGGGAAGUUCAUGACACUAGAGUUCUUCGAGGGCAUGGUCACCGUCGUACCAAUCCUACAAGGCUCUAGAGCUAGCGGCAAGAAGAAGGCUGCUGUGGCUGUCGCAUCGACGGAUGCUGAGAUCGGGAGCUUGGGUGAGCCAGUGCCAACGCGGAUAUCGGAGAUGUUUGUUCGAUCCUCAGCAUUCCUGCAGCGAAGACGGCCGGAUUUGGAACAGCCGAAGAUAGCGUUGCUGUAUGAGGAUAGUCAGAGUAAGGUCAGGUUGAAGAUGAGACAGCUAAGCUGGAGUCAAGGUGCCAGUGGGGAGCAAGGUACCGCCGAAUUGGAGGAGGUAGAAGGGCUGACGGAAGAGUUGGAGCUUGGUGCAUCUCACCUGAUUCCCAUUUCUGAACCGGUUUACGGAGUGCUCAUUCUGGGAGAGACAUCCAUCUCAUACUUCGACGACACAGACAACCGGGUACAUACGAAACCGCUGGAAGAGGCCACAAUAUUUGUGGCUUGGGAGCGUGUGGAUAGCCAAAGAUUUGUUAUAGCGGACGAGUACGGCAAGCUCUAUCUUCUUAUGCUCAUACUGGAUAGCAGCAAUGGCGUAAAAGACUGGCAAUUGGACGUAAUUGGUGAAACUUCCAGAGCUUCAACAUUGGUGUACCUAGACGCUGGACAUAUCUUCGUCGGCUCUCAUCAGGGAGAUUCACAAGUCAUCAGGAUUCAGGAGCGGUCAAUGGAAGUGGUCCAAUCCUUCUCAAACAUUGCACCCAUAUUGGAUUUCACCAUCAUGGAUAUGGGCAAUAGAUCCGGCGAAGGUCAGAGCAACGAAUACUCCUCCGGCCAAGCUCGAAUAGUUACCGGAAGCGGUGCUUUUAAGGACGGCAGCCUCCGUAGUGUGCGAAGCGGAGUCGGCCUUGAGGAACUGGGGGUGUUGGGAGAGAUGGGCCACGUCUCCGAUAUGUUCAGCGUCAGCUCAAACCCGGCAACGAACCUCGCCGAUACCCUAAUAGUCAGCUCCAUAAACGAGUCACGCGUGUUCCGGUUCAGCGAGGACGGCGAUGUCGAAGAGGUAGACGAUUUCAAGGGUGUUGUUCCCUCCGAGAGUACUCUGCUGGCGCAGAACGUAGCCAAUGGCCGCUUGCUCGUAGUAACCGGGACCGGCGCAUCUCUGGUCGACAUGGAAAGUGGAAUGGAAGUAUCUACUUGGAGAUCACCAAACAAUCCAAUUACUGCCGUCGCUGCGAACGACCAUAGUGCUCUCCUGUCGCUUGGUGGCGUCCAGCUGAUUGUCCUCUCACUCAACGAUAGCCUUGAUGAACACGCAAGCAAGACCUUCACAGCCGAUAGCCAGAUCGCCUGUGUUGAGAUACCCUCAACGCUUCCAGAUAUCUGCAUUGUUGGCUUCUGGCAAGGCUCCGCUGUCUCCAUCCUAGACGUCAAGACCCUCGGAACGAUCCAAACGGUCUCGAUCUCUGACGAUGGCCUAUCCGUUCCACGGUCACUCCUCCUCACCAACAUCUUCCCCGACCAGCCACCGACCCUCUUUAUUGCGACGGCAGAUGGCAAUGUUGUCACAUUCUCUGUUGAGCCAACCCGCUUCACACUUUCUGACAGGCAAAGCAUCGUACUCGGAACACAGCAAGCGAACUUGAGGGCUCUUCCGCGAGGCGACGGCUUAAACAGUGUUUUUGCGACAUGCGAGCAUCCAAGUCUUAUAUACGGCUCUGAAGGGCGCUUGAUAUACUCAGCCGUAACAGCAGAGAAAGCCACCUGUGUUUGUCCCUUCGACUCUGCUGCCUACCCUAGCGCGAUCGUCAUCGCCACCUCGGAAGAUGUCAGGAUAGCGGUGGUAGAUACCGAGCGGACGACACACGUACAAACGCUGCUCGUUAAUGAGACCGUACGGCGGAUAGCCUACUCGCCUGCACUGAAGGCUUUCGGUCUCGGCACGACGAAGAGAAUACUGCGUGAUGGGGUUGAAAUAAUACAGUCACACUUCAAGCUUGCCGAUGAGAUCUUGUUCAAGGAGUUGGACACUUUUGCACUCAACGAGGAUGAGCUGGUUGAAAGCGUAAUGCGCGCCGAGCUCGACGACGGGACGGGUGACCUGGCUGAGAGGUUCGUUGUGGGUACUGCAUACCUUGACGAUGAAGCGGCCGGCAAUGUUCGAGGACGAAUACUGGUUCUCGAGGUUACCAACGAUAGGCAGCUCAAGCUGGUGACUGAGCUGGCUGUCAAGGGUGCCUGCAGAUGUCUCGGCAUGUGUGAUGGGAAGAUCAUUGCAGCGCUGACCAAGACAGUCGCUGUAUACUCCUUCACAUACGACACGCCAUCUUCGCCCAUCAUGAGAAAGCUAGCCACCUAUCGCACCUCAACCGCCCCCAUCGAUCUUGCUAUCUACGACUCUCCUUCGGAUGACGAACACAUCAUCGCUGUCGCAGACUUGAUGAAGUCCGUCUCGAUACUCACUUACAAGCCCUCGGACACUCCCGCAGUAGGGCACGUGCUCAAAGAAACAGCGCGGCACUUCCAAACAUCGUGGGCUACCGCCUGCGCACAGGUGGAGGAGAACGACUGGCUCGAAGCUGAUGCAGAAGGUAACCUCAUGGUGCUCAGGCGGAAUACCGAAGGCGUGACGGAGGAGGAUAAGCGGAGGCUGGAAGUCACGAGUGAGAUGUGCCUCGGUGAGAUGGUGAACCGGAUUAGACGCGUUGAUGUCAGCGCGCAGGGGGAUGCGGCUGUGCUGCCGCGGGCGUUCCUUGCAACGGUCGAGGGCGCGCUCUACCUCUACGCAACCAUCCAACCCAAUUACCUCAACCUCCUCAUCUCACUGCAGUCUGCGCUGGCGGACAAGGUCAUCUCUCCGGGCCAUGUGCCGUUUAUGAAGUAUCGCGCUUUCAAGAAUCAAGUUAGGGAGUCAGAAGAACCGCACCGUUUCGUGGAUGGAGAGUUGAUCGAGGCAUUCCUUGGCCUUGAUUCAGAGACGCAGGAGGAGAUUGCGGUUGAAUUGGGUUUGGAAGUCUCUGCCGAGAGGCUGAAGGUCUUGGUCGAGAGUUUGAAGAGGCUGCAUUAG